UUACCAAAACUCGGAAAAUUCGGUCACGGAAAUUGACCUAGACGCUGUUAAAUUAUGACUACGAGUAUGUGAUCACUUGAACGCAAAAGAGUUCUAGUAGCCAUGAAGGAUAAAAUUCUUGGGAUCUUGAUUAAGCUCAGUCUCUGGGAUUUCGGAGAUUCGAUGGACAUUUACAACAAAAACACUGACUACCUUGAUGACUUCGAAAAAGUCCUCAACCAUCAAGAUUGCCAAGAUUUUGCCUCUUGUGAUUUCCAAGCUGGUUUCUUCAACAUAACAUUGCAAGGAACGUCAGAGAAUUGGCAACAUGUCUUCGGAUUGGAUGCUUGCUCCAAGAAGUGCGGAUCCAAUGGCAGUUGUGUUGGCUUUAGCUACAUGGAUCAGGGGACUAAUUGCCAGUUGUUUCGGGAAAUUGUGCGCUUCGAUCCAGGCAGAGGAGACAUUGUUUCCGGUUUGAGCCAGCUCUCGGAUAUCGAAGUGUUUUAUCAAGAUCAAGCAUUUGUCAUUCCAUUUGACCCAAAAGCUACUCAUGACAGCAAUCCGAACAAGCGUCUGGAUUCUGACCCUCCCCAAAAGCAGAGGUCAAAAGAGUUCGAGGAUUUUGUUCAAGAACCUUUGAAUAACAAGCCCAUUUCUGAGAUCUUUGGACUCCCACAACGAUCCGUUGGACGCUUGAGAUUAACGGGUUACACAAAGGCCAUAGAUUUGGUGCGUAAGUUUCUGGAACUGAAAAAUAACUCAAUUGACUUUAUGGAAUGGCUGAAAACCACCUUUCGAAUCCCGGCCAAACGGACCCAAUCGAUCAAUGACGCCCUUGAGCGAUGGUGCGAAAAUUAUCCUAGAGUGUGUAACCUGGGUUAUUUUGAACAAAUAGAGUCCAUGACAAUUCCUCCCCAAUUGUUAAAGGGAGACUGCCUAGACUUGGAACACAAUAUGGAAAUGGCCCAAGAAAUCCAAGACGCCUUGUGUAAAUGCACUCCCAAGCCUGUUGGAUCGGAUGCGGUUGGUUUUAGCCGAUGUUCGAGACGAAUCCCUAAACAUGGUAGGGACAGCAUCGCAGUGUGCUUGUUCCAUGAGCUGGGAAUGAUAUUUUCUGACCUGACUCUCUCCUUUCGAACCAUAGUCAAGAGCGAUGUUCUAGAAAAGCAAUUUGGUGUCCGAUUGGCCAAGCAAUGUCAAAAGGAGUUCUCUCAACAAUUCUAUGUCAGGUUUGCUCCAGGGUCAGUCCGUGCUCGAAAUUCUGGCUUCAAAACCCUAUCGGGAGACAUAAACAAAUUUGUCAUCUGCAUUCAAAAGAUCUGUCCAAGUUUCCGAAGCAUUCUUCCAAUCGCUAACUUGGUGCAAACGAGAGGUUGAGUGAAAGAACGAAGAAUACAUUCCGAAGUCUCAUUCAAGCGAAAAAUCUGUUGGGUUUCAUUUGCUAAAUUUUGUUCUCUUGUCAGAACGCAGCCUCUGGCGAGCCAAUGAUGCAGCAAUGUUAUGUUAAGGGAUGUACAUUUACAAAGUAAGAAUGAUUGUUUCACACGCCCAAUCAAACAAAGGCGCCAGUCUUUUUCCAGCUUCGAUUUACGAGCAUAGUAUUGGAUUGGAACCGACAAUGAAGUAUAUGUUUUACCUUGAAAUGAAUCUUCCAAUACGAG